AUAGCUGUGCUGGGGAACAUCAUCCUUCUCAUUGUCAUCAAGACCGAGUCAAGCCUGCAUGAGCCCAUGUACCUCUUCCUGGCCAUGCUGGCCUUCACUGACCUGGUCCUCUCUACAUCCAUGCUGCCCAAAACGCUCGCCAUCUUCUGGUGGGGCUCCAGGGAGAUUGGCUGUUCCUGCCUUGUUCAGUUGUUCUUUGUCCACAACUUCACAGCAGUGGAGUCGGGCGUGCUCAUGGCCAUGGCCUUGGAUCGCUAUUUUGCCAUUUGCCAUCCCCUGCGGCACUCCAGCAUCCUCUCCAUGCCGGUGGUGGCAGCUCUCGGGAGCCUGGUGCUGCUGCGUGGAGUCCUCAUGGUGGGUCCCACAUGUUUUCUGCUCCACAGGAAGGCCUUCUGCCAGCAUCGUGUCAUCUCCCAUUCCUACUGUGAACACAUGGCCGUGGUGAA